UUUUCACACCCGCUUUUCCCUUACUUCCACUUCUCCUUUUUAUUCUCUACUCUUUCUAAAUCCUAAGCUCUCUUUUGUGCUCUUCUUUAGAGCCAUGGUGAUUUCCUAUUAAAAUAGGAGGAGAGAAAAAUAAAAAAAAAAAAAAAAAAAAAAAAACCAUAUAAGAGAAGCAGAAAAAGCUCAAGUGAUUAGUGCUGCUGCCCCAAGAAGUGCUUCUCCCUCUAGCAAUGGCUUUGGUGCUAUUUGGAGUCGCCGCGCGAAUAAUGGUUGUUUCUUCUAUCAUCACCGCCGCGGUCCCGCUCGCCGCCGUCGGCGUCUUGGUGGUGCUCCAGGCCCUCACCGUCUGCCGCGCCUUCAAGGGGCUGCUGCGAACCGCCUCGACGAUCGAGAGUCGCGGCGGCAGAAGCCACGAGAGGUUAUCUUCAGAGGAGCUGGAGAGACUCCCUCGCUUUAACUUCUGCCAAGUAGAAAAUAUAAAAGAAAGUGUUCUUACCAACUGUACUAUUUGUCUAGACGUCUUUCAAAUAGGCGAUAGCUGCAAAUUGUUGCCGUCGUGUGGGCAUAGCUUUCACACGCAUUGCGUGGAUAACUGGCUGCUGAUGAAUCCGAUUUGCCCGCUUUGUCGAACCUCCAUCGCUGCGGCCGCCGCCGAUCACCGGAGUACAGCUUCUGCUGUACAAAUAGGUAUUUGAAAGUACAAAAACUCUGAUUAAUACAUAGUUUACAAUUUUAGCUUUAAUAGUAAGGUAAAUAAGAGUCUCAAAUUUUUGUAUUUUAGAUCUUAGAAAGAGAUAAAUAAGAAAGAAACUUAUUGUAAUUUGUGAGUUUCUUAUUAAAUUGUUCGACUUUUUAAAGUA